AUGUUGACCACAUUCAAUUCAUUAAUUUGCAUAAUAGCUGCAAUUCAAAUAUUCUUAUUUGCUCAAACGAUUCAAGCAGAUGAAAUAAAACAUAAUGUAUUAUUUACUCAUUCUGGAAAAAAAUCACAAGUGGUAUUAAGAGAAAUUCAUGAUAAUUAUUGUCCAUAUGAAAUAACAUCAAAAGAUAAACGUAAAGGAGAUGAAUAUAAUUUAAUCAUUAAUUUAGAUGCUAUUAAUCAUAUACAAAAUAUUCAUGAUAAUACAAAGGAUCAUGGUAAGAAAGUUGAUGAUUCUGAAUUAAUUAAUUUAGCUCAAACUUAUUAUUUACCAACUUCAAAAUUAAUUACAAAAUCAGUUUUUCAUAAUAUUUUUGCUUCAAUUGGUAAUAAAAUUGUAUCUAUAUUUGGUGGAAGUAUUAAAUAUAUUUAUAAUAAUUUUAUUUUUAAAAUUUUAAAAUAUUCUUAUUAUUGGGCUUAUAGUUUUACUAAAUAUACUGUUAAAUUAACUGGAUGGUAUUAUGGUACAUCAACAUUACCAAUUCAAUGUUUCUUGGGUAUAGAUUAUAUUACAACAUUAAAACAUGGUGAAUUUUUAGUUGCUUGGGAAACUUAUACUUUAAAUGAUAAUUGUCCAGAAACUGUUUCAUUAGAAAGUAUUGAAAAAAUUUUAGCUCAUUCUAAAAUUGUUGCAACUGAACUAAAAGAUCAAGAUAUUGGAUAUAGUUGUAAAUUUUAUAAAAAUGAAAAUACUGUAACUUCUGGUGAUUGGUUUGCAAAAAUUAGAAUAUUUGAAUUAAAUCAAGAAAAUUUAAAUAUUAAUGAAAACAUUUGGAAUAUUAAUUGUGAAGAUAACGAUUAUUCUACUCCAAGUAAAAAAGAAACAUUUUUAGCAAGUAUUAUGAAAUUUUUUAAUACAAUUACUUAA